AUGAUGCCCGUGCCUUUCUCUUACGGAAAUCAACCAGCGUUCGGACCAAAUAUGCAUCCGAAUUACCCAUUCAGUUACAAUCCUUAUUACCCAACAUUUUGUCCGAACCCGAACGGUUUGUUACCUGCGCCACCGCCACCACCACCACCGAGACCGUUGAUGGCACCUCCGAUUGCCAAUAAGCCGAAUGUAAACUUGCGAGAACUCCCGCGGCCGCUUCUCUCGUUUGGACGAAAUGACUUUAUGAGUUUUAUUGAACAAAAAACGAAACCCAUAUAUGAAUUAAAUCCUUUUGCAAAUGAAUUUUCUUCUAAUAAUCAAAUCGUCUCGAUACCGAAAGAAACCAACUCAUCAUAUCAACUAAUUUUUGAUAAUUUAAUCGAGCAAAGUCUCCAAUCAAUCGAUGCAAUCAAAAAAGCAUCGAAAACAGUUUCUGUUAAUCAUGUUUCGACACAAUACAAUCAAUCAAUUGAGCAGAUCAAUCGAUCCACCCAAACAUCUGAUCACAAUGCUCAACAUAAAUUAUUUCAUGCAUAUACUUUACAUAUUAUACGACUAAUGAAUAAAUUACAUGAAAAUUUUCAAUAUUUAUCGAUAAUUACCAGUGAAAAUGAUCUCCGUUGUCAAUUAAGAUCAACAAACUAUCUGUUCGAUGAAUUAUAUGAUUAUCUUGUAACUCUACAUGAUAUUUCAAGAGAAGAUUGUUCAAAGAGUGUCUCAUCAUCAAUGAUCGAUAGUAUCGCCGACCGAAUGGAUCGAUUGGUUUCUUCAACACCGAUAACGAUUGUUACAUCAAAAAUAUGUUUGCUUUGUCAGAAACCUGUCAAUGAGAGUGAUGAUGUGAUGCAUAAACUGUGUCGAUUAUUAUCAUCUCCACAAUGA